GUCCCACAUGAAGCUAGACCGCCAAAGCGUUGCAACGCCUCAGGGGGGUGCGGAACCUUUGCGACGCGGCCAGAGUUCCCCUGACGGGGACUGAAUUCGGCGGACCCGGUCGCUAGAGGUUGAGCGGCCUGCGGUGAGGGGGGAGCUUGCGGUCUCUGCCGUCAGAUUCAGUAGAACUCCAGCUCUUCAAAUGUCUUUGAGGACUCCUGAAGACUGGGCAGUGAGGUGCCUGCUGAGGCAAACUUUAAAGGUGGAGGCAAGCUACAUUAACCAAAAUAGGAUAUAUCUAGUUUUUUUGUUUUUGUUUUUUUAAGAAUUUGUUUCAAACCUGAUAAUUAUCUUCCUCAAGGAAUUCUGAUUAUUCUUCAACCUUGUUUAUCAUUAUGGCUCUAUCUUUUAAACUGCUGGACAGUGUCUUUCUUUCUAGAAGGUGCCAUAGGCAAAAUGCCUUGCAUCCUUUGCUUGGACCUCUCCUCACUGAUUGCAUCUCAAAAUUGUACAGUAGCUAUAGGAGACCAGGGACAUCCCCUGAUAACACUCCACCUUGGAAGAUGAAUUUCAGCUUUGAGAAGGGAGUGGAUGUAAUUAAGAAAAAUUUUGGCCUCCUAAAAAAGGAGUUGGUGGAUCACUGGAAAGGGCCUGAGGGCUAUCAUUUUGACGAGUACUUGUUGCAACAGACUAGAGUGGUCUGGGAGUUUCGCAGCCAGAAAGAUUUAGAUGAGUGGGUGGUUUCUUCUGAUGCAGAGAUCGGAGGGAAAAGUGAAACCUACCUAAAACUGGGUAAGAAUAAUCAGACUGCUCUGCUGUAUGGGACCCUCAGUACUGAAGUACCUCGUGAUGGGGAGACAAGAUACAGUGGAUAUUGUUCAAUGAAAACCAAACUGCCAAAGGGAGCGUUUGGAACUAAGAAGUAUUAUGAUUGGUCAAACUUUAAUAGUCUGUAUUUACGCAUUCGUGGUGAUGGUCGACCCUGGAUGAUAAACAUCUAUACAAACCCAUACUUCUCCCAUCAAAAGGAUGACCUGUACAAUUACUUCAUGUUCACCCGAGGGGGUCCAUACUGGCAGGAAAUUAAGAUUCCAUUCUCCAAGUUCUUUCUCUCAAGUCGGGGGAGAAUCCAGGAUGAACAGUACCCACUCUGGUUAGAUAAGAUUAGUACUGUUGGAUUCACAUUGGGAGACAAGGCAGAUGGCCCUUUCCAGCUGGAGAUAGACUUUAUUGGAUUGCUGAAAGACAGAGCUCACACAGAAGAAUUCGCCUAUGAAAAAUAUGAAAAAAAUCCCCAGGCCUAGAUGGGCCUGCAAUCCUGUGGAAUGUACUUCAGUAGCUCAUUUUAUUAAAUAUUUAUACACCAUGUUAAA